AUGCCUGCCAAGCACGGUGACAUCCCCAACGCCUACGUUAAAGCGGACAAGGAGCCGCACCUGCGCAUCUAUCUACAGAUGCCGCGCGGCAUGCCAGUCUCGAAGGAGACGCUACGAGCGCAAGGCGUUUCGAACACGAGCGAGCUGGUGCUGGAGCUGCGGAAGAGCCUCUACGGGCUCAAGCAGGCAGGCCGGCUGUAG